AUGAGCAUCACGGACCUUCUGAGCGCGGACGACAUCGCAGCGGCCCUGCAGGAGUGCCAAGACCCAGAUACUUUUGAACCCCAAAAAUUCUUCCAGACGUCAGGCCUCUCCAAGAUGUCGGCCAGCCAGGUGAAGGACGUUUUCCGGUUUAUAGACAAUGACCAGAGUGGAUACCUGGAUGAACAUGAGCUGAAGUUUUUCCUCCAGAAGUUUGAGAGCGGUGCUAGAGAACUGACUGAGUCAGAAACCAAGUCCCUAAUGGCUGCUGCAGAUAAUGAUGGAGACGGGAAAAUCGGGGCUGAAGAAUUCCAAGAAAUGGUGCAUGCUUAGAAGCCCCAGUCUACGGAGAGCGAGAACAGACGGAUCGGAAGGACAGCUGGAGGACCUCCGAAGCCCCAGGAAUGGGAAACCCCAC